AUGAAGCCCCCAAAUGUGUCCAGUGUCACUGAGUUUCAGCUCCUGGGGUUCCAGAACCUUCUUGAAUGGCAGACGCUGCUCUUUCCCAUUUUCUUGUUCAUCUACUUUCUCACAGUCACAGGGAAUGUUGUCAUUAUUGCAGUGGUGAGCGAGGACCAGCAACUACACUCACCCAUGUACGUAUUUCUCAAACAUCUCUCCUUUCUGGAGAUCUGGUAUACAUCCACCAUUGUGCCCCUUCUCCUAGCCAACCUACUCUGCCAUGGCCAAGCCAUCUCCUUCCCUGCGUGUAUGAUGCAGCUUUACUUCUUUGUGUUCUUUGGGGCUACCGAAUGCUUUCUUCUGGCUAUGAUGGCCUAUGACCAAUAUCUGGCCAUCUGCAACCCACUCCACUACUCUUUCCUGAUGAGUCCUGAAAUCUGCACCAAGUUGGUGGCAAUCUCCUGGUUGACAGGUGUUGGAACAGGAUUUCUGCCCUCGCUAAUGAUUUCCAAGUUGGAUUUCUGUGGUCCUAACGAGAUCAAUCAUUUCUUCUGUGACCUCCCACCCCUCAUGCAGCUCUCAUGUUCCAGUGUGUUUAUCACCAGGAUGGUCAUCUUUAUCCUGUCAAUUGCAGUGCUGUGCAUUUGCUUUUUUCUUACUCUCAUAUCCUAUGUUUUCAUUGUAUCUACCAUAUUGAGAAUUCCUUCAGCCUCUGGCCAGAUGAAGACCUUUUCCACAUGUGGCUCCCAUUUGGCUGUUGUCACUAUCUACUAUGGGACCAUGAUCUCCAUGUAUGUUCGCCCCAAUGACCACUUAUCACCUGAAAUUAGUAAGAUCAUUUCUGUCUUCUACACUGUGGUCACCCCAUUGCUGAACCCUGUCAUCUACAGCUUGAGGAACCAAGAAUUCAAAGACGCUGUUAGAAGAGUCAUAAGAAAAAAGUGUGGUAUCUAUGGAGUAAGAUUGAAGGGGAGUUUCUGUGUUAGGUAA